AUGUCGACGUUCGGCAGUACUUAUCGUGUUUCCACAUUUGGAGAGUCACAUUGCAAGGCUGUUGGGUGCAUAGUGGAUGGUAUUCCGCCUGGUCUUGCUGUUAGCGAGCAGGACAUUCAGCGACAACUCACUCGCCGACGCCCCGGCCAGAGCUCACUCACCACACCGCGCGACGAGAAGGACAAAGUCGAGAUUUUGUCCGGUACGGAAAAAGGGGUCACACUCGGUACACCCGUUGCUAUGAUGGUACGCAACCAAGACCAGCGCCCGCAUGACUAUACGGACGUGAAGCUCGAUGCCAUUCCUCGGCCUAGUCACGCCGAUUAUACGUACUUGGAGAAGUACAAUGUAAAGGCAAGUAGCGGCGGUGGACGAAGUAGCGCGCGUGAAACGAUCGGUCGUGUCGCCGCAGGUGCAUUGGCAGAGAAGUAUUUGACGGAUGUGCUUGGUAUUGAGAUCGUGGCUUUCGUGUCGUCAGUGGGCCAUGUCGGCCUAUCUACGUACGAUGCGGACGAUGAUGAAACGCCCCUCAGGAAUGAUUAUCUGGAGCUUUUGAACAACGUCACACGCGAUCAGGUCGACAGGGAGAAUGUUCGUUGUCCAGACGCUACCACAGCGGAAAAAAUGCGUGCGCGUAUCAUGGAAGCAAAAGAAAAAAACGAUUCUAUAGGAGGCACAGUGACCUGUGUCAUUCGCAACGUCCCUGUUGGUCUGGGUGAACCAUCGUUUGAUAAGAUGGAAGCGAAGCUUGCACACGCUAUGCUGAGUAUACCAGCGACCAAAGGCUUUGAGAUUGGGUCCGGAUUCCGUGGCACUUGUGUUCCUGGAAGUAAGCACAAUGACCCAUUUGUCGGAAAGCCAGAUGGAUCUCUUGGCACAUCGACCAACUGGAGCGGAGGUAUCCAAGGUGGUAUCACCAAUGGAGAACAUAUCUACUUUCGCGUGGCAUUCAAGCCGCCGGCCACCAUCUCUCAAGAGCAAAACACAGCUCGCUACGAUGGAGAGCAGGCUGUGUUGGAAAACCGCGGUCGCCAUGACCCAUGUGUCGUGCCCAGAGCCGUCCCCAUUGUCGAGUCUAUGGCUGCAAUUGUGAUUAUGGACAUGUUUCUCGCGCAGUCUGCUCGCAAGUCGGCUGCAAAUAAGAUUGACCCUGCCGCUGUGUCGGCCCUGCCAAACAGCAUGAAAAAAAGAAAGCUGCCAUCGUCAGACGCAUAA